AUGGAUUUAGGCAUUUAUGUUCGGAAUGAUAACGAAAAAGCAGCGGAGGAGUUCCGAGGUAUUGGCAUGCGUAUUGAGGAUGACAUCCUGCUACGCAAUGAUGGCACAGUGGAGGUGCUCACCGUGGAUGCUCUGUCCUGGACAACGGAAAGAAGGCAAGAACUGGCUGCGUUAUCGUUUAUGGACCGUUCACUAUAA